AUGCUGGGUGGCUCGGGUUCCGACGACGGGGCACUCUCAGCAGAGUUUAUGGUCGCCCUUGAAAGAAGAGCGGCGGCUGCGGUGGCUGACCUCAAUCGCGCCCUGAAGGCUCACCAGGAGAGUCACGGUCAGCGCACGCACGGCGCGCUAGUUCUGGCCGUCGCCGCUGCACAGCGUGUGGCGAAGUUGCUGGCGACCGUCAAGGAGAAGCACCCACUUGGGCGUCACUCAACCGCCGCCCCGGCCUCGCUGCUUGUGCAGCUGGAAAGUCAUCGCACCGCUAUUCGCCGUGUCCUGCCUACGGCUGUGGCUGCAGCGGAGGCGACCAGGUCGGAGGGCGCAGCCGACACCGUCAACGCAUUGCGUUCGCUGCUGCACACGCGCUCACUCUUGAACGUGGAGCUGCGCAAGGUGCAGGGGGCUGUUGACGAACUGGCGGGGACCUCGGUCUCACUGGAAAUGCUCCAGAGCACCCUCCAGGACGUUAACGCGACAGUCGAGGUGGCGCAGCGCCUGGUGCGAAGACUCUUGUCGGUGAAGUCUACGGAUGACCUCCUGCUGCGCCUCUCCGUCGCCGUGUUUCUCGUCGUGCUGGCGUACAUUCUCGCGCAACGUCUCUUUGGUUUUUUUCCAACGCCAAUCCACGCAAGGUAG